AUGCUUGCUACACAACUCAUUUUGGCCUUAGUGCUGGCUUCAUCUCAACAUGCCCUAGCAAAAUCCUGCUCCCAGUUUGAGGUCAUCAACAGAUUCAACGAUUCUACCUACACAGCGACCGACGGCUCCCGAGUCAUCAGCAAGGGCGCCAAUUGUCCUCCUACAGACGGAUGUUCGGUUCCUUACGGCGGCUACGUGACUACUGGGCGCACCCUCAACAUCUCAGACCCAAGCUACGCCGACUCGGUCUACAAAACCAUCUCCUCGGCCGUUGACCUUGAGUUUGUAGAAGCAAAAACCUAUCCAGUGUCCAACGGGACGGAGAAAUUCGAAAACGGCGCAUCGGGCUAUGUCAUAUUCACACCUUAUACCAUCUGUACCACUGGAACACUCUCCAGCUGCGAUGCAGAUGGGCUUUAUGGAGAGAUUGUGGAGGCUUGUACACCGGAUCUCCGUGAUGGCAAAAUCACCGGUGACAUAGGUCCAGUCAUCAGCGUUGGAGGUGGUCUUGAGAAGUUGACUUGCAACCCCUCCAACACGACGCAGGCGAAGAAUGGAAACUAUUCUGCUUCUUGCACUGGGUCUGACGCCGAAGCCGACCAUACUGGAACUGCUAAUCCGUUGGGCGGAGUAUCGCUAUUGCUCCUAUCUGGUUCGCUGCUGGUGGCCUUUAUUGGUUUCUAG